CCCCAUGUCAAUCAGCUUCAACCAGGCUUUCUCUGCUACAGGUUCAAACAAUUUUGUUGUAACAAUGACCCUCAUAAAAUCUGUUUAUUGUGCCUGAGCGAUGCGUGGGGAUUAAGUGAAACAAAUGGACAACAGAUAAACAAUGAAGCGUUGACCACCGAAUUCAAAAGCUUCUCGCACAAAAAAUUUGUGGUGUACUCUGGGAAGUUUUGCGGCAUAUAAUUUGGGAAAAUCCGCAAUAAAGGGUCAAUUUCACAAAGCAGUUAAAUUGAGUUAGUUCAUCGAAUGAACAUAUACCUAUGCGAUGUAUCAAGCUAGAAUCAGUUAUUGACUCUGUAAACAUUUGCUGAUGUCGGUCGGUCUGUCUGGCAAACGACCAACUUACAAUAUUUUCCUGUACGGGGUUCUAAGUGAAAGCCACUGCCUGAGCAUUUACUUCUGUAGUCAUUCCAGUCGCAAUCCGGGGCACAAAAUCAACCACAAGAGCUUUUUUAAGACAGAGAAAUACCGACCUUAAAUACAAAAUGACCGAAACUGACAACCUUACCUCGAUCGUGGAUAGCGCAAGGAAAAGCUUUUAUUCUGGAAAAACAAAGUCAAUCGCUUUUAGAAAAAGACAACUCGUGUCGCUUGUCAAGCUCCUGGACGAAAACGAGGAUGAAAUUUGUGAUGCACUGUACAGAGAUUUAGGAAGGGAUUAUUUUGCUGCUUACCUUCUUGACAUACAUGUAUUGAGAGCCGAAAUUAUUUCAAUGCUACAAGGCAUUGACGAGUGGCUGAAACCAGAACAUCCAAAGAGAGAUUAUACACUUAUGUUUUCAAAAGCCUACGUCAGAAAAGAGCCAUUCGGUUUGUGUCUUAUUCUUGGUGCAUGGAACUUCCCUAUACUGUUGACACUGUCACCACUGAUAGGUGCCAUAGCAGCAGGUAACUGUGCUGUGGUGAAGCCGUCGGAAGUAUCUCCAAAUUGCGCUAAUGUGAUGAAAAAACUGGUUAGCAAAUAUCUUGACAAAAGUUGUUAUCCAGUGGUUAUUGCUGGACCUGAAGAUUCUUCCAAAUUGAUGAAGGAAAAUCGUUUUGAUAUGAUUUUCUACACGGGAGGAACUCACGUAGGGAAACUAGUUAUGGAGGCAGCAUCAAAGCAUCUAACGCCCGUGGUUUUGGAACUCGGCGGAAAAAAUCCUUGCAUUGUUCAGAAAAACUUUGAUUUAGAAAUUGCGGCGAAACGUAUUUGCUUUGGAAAAUACAUGAAUGCUGGGCAAAUAUGUAUUUCACCCGACUAUGUCCUCUGUGAGGAAGAAAUCAAAGAUGAAUUCAUCAAGAUUCUCAAAUCAGUGUUGUUGGAAAUGUAUGGUGAAAAUCCAAAAGAUUCCACAAGUUAUUGCCGUAUCAUAAAUGCAAGACAUUUUGCUCGCGUUGAAAAACUUUUAAAGAGUGGAAAGAUUGCGAUCGGCGGACAAACAGAUAAAGAAACAAAAUACAUUGCACCGACUGUACUAACGGAUGUGAAAGAGGACUCGCCUGUGAUGCAAGAAGAAAUCUUUGGACCGAUCCUUCCAAUUAUAACAAUAAAAAAUAUAGAUGAAGCAAUAGAGUUUAUCAACAAAAGAGAGCGACCAUUAGGAAUAUAUAUGUUCUCAAAGAACAAAGAAGAAAUUGAAAAAGUUAUUUCCAGUACAUCUAGUGGUGGAGUAUGUAUCAAUGACGUCAUGUCUCAGCAUAAUGGCGUUUUGCCAUUUGGAGGAAUUGGAUACAGUGGGAUGGGAAAUUAUCAUGGAAAAUACAGCAUUGACACUUUUUUACAUAAACGAGCCUGUGUUGAGUUUGGAGCACCAGAGAUAUUGCUGGGCACCAGAUAUCCUCCCCACACAGACAAAAAAUUGGCGCGAAUAAGAACAUUGAAGCAGAAAAUUCCCCAAAGGCGUGGACCAAUGGAUACAUUUUUACAGCUUCUCAAACUAGCCGCCCUUGGUGUUCUCAUUGGUUAUCUGGCACAGAUUUUCGCGAGCCUUCUCACCGAAUGAUCGAAUCGAAAACGUUCAAAAAUCAGAUGGACAAGAUAAGCUAACAAACAACAGGAAACCAUUACCGGGCAACAAACUGAUUUUAUGGCCUUUUGUUGAGCUACAUAUUUAUUUGCCCAAUUUUUCAUUUUAUUAUAUUAAGUUCAACUAUGAAAUAUAGAUGUAUAGUAUAUAUUAUUGAGGACUAGGAUUGUUUUAUAGUCUUUUUUUGAUCACUGCACGGGUUCUCAAACUUUUUUUGCGCAUUCUUCCAUUGGCGUAUUUCUUAGCUCCUAAUUCCUCCCUACUCCACAUACAAAUCUAUUUGCAAUCUUUCUUCAUUCCAAUCUUUAACGGAACAUUUGCUUGCGAUAUGUGUAAGUAGUUAUCUAACUUUUGUAUAUUUUAGAUAGUUUAUAAUG